GUAACCCCUUAUACAAUUUGAUGUCAAAACUCAAAAGUAUGGUGAAAGGUGGGCAGUGUACUCAAGUAACUCAACUCACUUUGAAAGCCAAGACAAAGUUAAUAAAAACCUAAACUACUCCGUAUUACCAAAGGAUAACUCACUGUUCCGGAGAGGGCGGUUUCGCUUGGUUGGAGCGUACAUGGAAGAAUUGGAGGGAGCAUUGAGUGAAAAAGGUUUAAAAUUUUCAACUCAUCCACAAAAGGGUCGCUGCCUUUUUACUUCCCGAGAUUUUUCUCCAGGGGAAGUAAUCAUCAGCCAAGAGCCGUAUGUUUCUGUUCCCACGAAAACGAAGAGUGAACCAUUGCCAAAAUGUGAAUGGUGUUUUACAUCAUCUAAUGUUAAGAAGUGUUCUUCCUGUCAAGUGGUUUAUUAUUGUGGCCAAUUAUGUCAGAAGUCGGACUGGAAGUUGCAUCGACUUGAAUGCCAAGCACUGUUGAAAGUUGAACGGGAUAAGAUAAAAUCCCUUGCACCAACGAUAAGAUUGAUGAUCAAACUGUAUAUCAGGAAAAAGCUGCAGAGUGAAAGUAACAUCCCAACUACUGUUAUGGACAACUACACUCUGAUAGAAGCUUUAGUUUCUCACAUGUCUGAUAUUGAUGGGGAGAAACUAGUGUUGUAUGCUCAGAUGGCAAAUCUUGCAAAUUUGAUUCUCCGUUGGACUGAUAUCAAUAUAAAAGAGAUUGCAGAAAACUUUUGUAAGUUUGCAUGCAAUGCACACACAAUCUGUGAUAGUGAACUGAAACCCCUUGGAACUGGGAUCUAUCCUGUAAUUUCUAUGAUCAAUCACAGUUGUGCGCCCAAUUCUGUUUUAGUGUUUGAGGGACGAUUGGCAGUGGUGCGUGCUCUGCAGGAUAUAAAGAAAGGUACUGAGGCCGAGUUGGUGAGGGAUGAAAAGGGGAGGUAUGAGUGUUCUCUUGGCUUGAGAAUGCAAAGGAAAAUGCAGGAGAUAUGUUCGAAGAGGCCUGGGUGAAAUGGUGAUAUAUGCAGGAGGAGUUCUUUUUGGUAUUUUUGGAUGAAAGAAAAGAAUUAAGUUUAAGAAGAAGAAAUGGAGAGAUAUGAAAUGGGAAGAGGUAAAAUGAAGGGAUAAACCAAAUUGGUGUUUAAGAGAUAUUACACACUCUUAUCUUAACUUGGGGUUAAGUCUAGAACUUAAUUAAGAUAUAACACACUUAAUUAAAUAUCUAGAACCUAAAACUCACACUUAAGAUAACCACUCUUAAGAUAUAGAUUUAGGAAUUUAAAUAGCAAACACAACAAGUGUAUUACUAAAUGGAAAAUGGAAUU